UGUGCUCUAGUGAGUUCCGCGUUUGAGUUCAUCUCAUUGAUCAACAUAGCAUAUAGUCAGACAGCAACGAACACUUUGAUCUCUAAUAUUUUUGCAUUUAUUUAAUACUCUUUAUUCUAUACAAAGGUUAAACUCUUUGCAGCUGGACUCACCUUUUGAUAACAUCACUGAUGAUGGACACUGCUUCAGCAACUGGAGUUCUUCACCCCUACUGGCCACGAGACCUUUUGAUUCCCACCUAUGUUGCUAAUGAUCGAUCUAUGUCAGAGAUCCUGGUGUUCCUGUUUUCCGUGUCUGGGGUGUUUCUACUCGUCACCUGGCUGAUCACCGGCCGGAAAGGGGCCACCGGCAGGCUGGGGACAUGGAGGCGUCUGGCUGUGUGCUGGUUUGCCGUUUGUGGUUUUAUCCAUAGCGUCAUUGAGGGCUGGUUCUCGCUGUAUUAUGAUAUUAUUCCAGGAGACCAGAGCUUCCUCUCACAAUUGUGGAAAGAAUAUUCCAAAGGAGAUAGUCGAUAUGUAAUAGCGGAUAACUUCACUGUGUGUAUGGAGACUGUCACUACAUUGUUAUGGGGACCAUUCAGCUUUUGGGCUGUGUUUGCCUUCUUGACUAACAAGCCCUACAGAUUUGUUCUGCAACUCAUUAUUUCAUUAGGUCAGCUGUACGGAGCAGUGCUUUACUUCUACACAGAGCACAGAGAUGGCUACGCUCACAGUGAGCUGGGACACCCGAUCUACUUCUGGUUCUACUUUGUGUUCAUGAAUGUGCUGUGGAUCGUCAUACCACUGAUGCUCAUUGUGGACGCGUGGAAACAGCUGUCGGCAGCUCAGAUGCACACAGACAACACAAAGUCACACAAGUCUAAGAGGAACUGAGGAGCCGGAGGAAGAACUGACUGUGGGACUCUAGGAUACUGACUACAGGAGAUACAAGGGACAAUGCAACUGAGGAGGGCAUACACUUAUACACUAAUACACUGUACUAUUCAACAGCAGUGUUCAGAAACGAUUUCAUAAUGCAAAUAAAAUGUUUAAUUUUUUAAAGUUGGAAAUGCUGUAUGGUGUGUCAUUUUGUACCUGUUGAAUUAAGUGCCUGCCUUUUAAAUUCGAAUAUCCAAUAAGUGCAAUUUGUUCUCUGUUCAUAAGACAAACAUGUUUUGAAUGUUUAAUGACUUUGAAGAGCCUCAGACAAAGGACCAAAAUAAAUCUGUUUUCUCAA